AUGGAGGGACUCAAGGGCAUCAUCCCGCAUCUAUUCCUUCCGCCUCAGCUUCCGCAGGAGGAAGAUGCUGCACCCACCGAGGCGGCCAUUCUCGAGGUGACAACAACAGCGCUUCUCGCGUUCCGCGCACGCUCUCCAAAUGCUGCCGUUGACAAGGCGAUACUGCUCUUGUCGAAGCUCAAGGAUGUCCAUAGCGAACUCGACUUCUCUCGAGCGAACGAGGCCCGUCUCUUGACGACUCUGAACAACUUGGGAGAUGGGGAAGUCAUGGCCGUGAAAGUCACCGAACAAAAUGCCGCUAUUCUCAUCACGCGAGAUAAUGAUGAGCUUCUAUUCGAAGCCUUCGAGUUAUCACCCGAGAAUAAGGCGGUAUACGCAGCUCAAGGAAGACUUGUGCGCACCUUUCCGGCGACAGCCGUCUCCAUUGCCGCUUCAACCCUUCGAGACGCCGACUUUGCAUCGAGCAUUGCCCAUACCCUCUCUACCAUGUCACAACAAGCUGUUCCUGGCAUGCAACCUAUGUCAAAGAAAGCUGGAUCCAUGCAUGAAGAAGAUCGCGAUACCACCAGCCCGGCAAUAAUCUCUGAGCUCUUCUUCUCAAUCCUCAGAGGCGUCGGGCUCCCACACUCAUCCUCCACAGUAUCCAAGAAUACCCGGGAAGAAGUUUUGUGGACCGAUGCUCGGCGACCCUGGCGUCGUUCGCCCACGUGGCUACUCAUUCGGGUCGCUCUCCAUCUGGUCAUCUCGCGCUCCGCCGAUGGCUCUCAUUACCUCUACAAAAAGGUUGUGGCUUUCAUUCUGAGUCAAGUGCUUGAUUCCUGCACAGCCCUAGGCUUACCGUCAGAGCUCUACUACGCCAUGAGUGCGAAGAUAGACCGUCGGCGACAGAAGCUUCUUCUUCAUGACGAACAUGCCCUCGAUGAUCCUGUGGGCAUUGCUAUUGGGGAAGCACUCCAAAAGGCUAAUCACAUGAUAAGUCUUCGUUGGCAGCAAAUACAAAAGGAAGAUGCCCGUGAUUUGGACCUGCGGGCGUUGAGUCUGCUCGAUUUUGAGAAGGAUAUGAGUGUGCCACUGCCAAAGCUAGAUGGAUAUCUCAAGGCUAUGAGCUCUUCAAAGGGCCAGGACUCGACGGCAGAAUUCACGCCAUCGAGUAAAUUGCUAACGCACCAGCAGGACAAAUUGCCACCCCUUCCUGACACUCCGCUCAACGACUACGGAGCGUCGAACCUCCAGCAAUUUGAACAGUGGGUUGCACUACAUCUUUCGAACUGGACGAAAGCCACAGAAUCAAACAGAGUCUGUGACUUGCUAUGCGAUUUGCUCAAGAGAUACCACCAGCUGGCACGUCAAUUCUACCAGCACAACCCAGAGGGUAUCUCUGUGAUGCUUCUAACCAUUUUCGAGCUGUGGAUGGCCUGUGAUGAGGCCGCUGUUAUGAGUUGCGGAAUGUUAGCGGAAUACGAUCCUGAAAUUCCGACUGCAGUACUUCAGAACCUUCUCCUGCCAUUUCGGGGCCAGAUGGAGCGCUUGUCGAGCAUUGAGCGCUAUAUUGCUGGUCGCAAAGGCAAUCUGGGCUCGUCUUACCUCUUCAGCACCACAAGCGAUAGUGGUUUCGCCUCUCGCUACUACGAUUUGUCAAGCGAUCAUCAAGCCCUCAUGCAGGAUAUCGAGGCCAAAGCUCGAGCUAGCCGGGAGAAUAAGCUCUCAGAGCUUCGCGAGCUCCAGAGUGAGUACCGUCGUCUCGAUGCUCUUUACGGUCAAAGCAGUUGCCAAUACGACACGAGAGUUAUCGACUCUUGGUGCGACCCACCUGAAACUGAGACUGUACAUAAGCCCACAUGCCAGAAGUGCAGAUACGGGCGAGAGCGUGACAACCUGGAAAUCGAUGUAGACGAAUGGCCAUUGCCAAAACGCUCCUCUGAAGCAAAGACCGUGGUCUUCGAGCUGCGGACUCCGAGCUGGUUCGCUUGCUGGCGCGAAGCGAGGUUUUACAUGCUGGGCAACGUUCUUGAAGGCAGCCGUGCUUACCAAGCACUGCGAGCUGAAUAUCGGCUGUCAUCGAACGAUCCUCAGUUGACGAAGUAUUUCAAGACUCGAAGCCAUCGGAUCGGCUUACUUUCACAGGAUAAGCCUAUGCUUCGCACACACUACAAAGGCAAGAAUAUCUCCACGUGUACUAAGGAAUCCAUCUGCGUUGAUAACGGCUUGCGAUAUGCCUACUUCGACGCCGUUUCGAAUGCUUUCGUUGGCAACUUUCACUUCGAUGACAAGGUGCCAAUAUCUUGCACCUACAAAUUGCCGGAAGAAGUCAGAUCGGUCCAGCAGUUUCUUCUUCGCACAGCAUCGAAACCCGAUGGCCCGCCGCCGAAUGCGGUCAUUGCCAAUCAGGAGCAUUGUCCGGAGAGUAUGACGUUGGAAGAGUACAAGGAGCUUAGCACCAUUCCUCUCGGCCAUCGCAUUCAAUGGGCAAACAUCAUCUUGCAAUUAGCCAUGCCCGGCGUGGACUUCAAGAAGCCCGAGACGGCUCUCGUCAUUUUCCAGUGCAUUUAUCAAGCAGGACCUGCCGCUGGUGAUGCGCUACGCCAGGCUCACUGCAUAUUUCGGGAUAACGCCCAUGCAUUCUCGGUCUUGAGCAAUCUGCGGGUUGCGUUGCAGAGAGUGAAAGAGAACUGGGAAUCCGCACAAGCUCUUUACACUUUCGUCGCGAUAGCAACCCGCAUAGUUUCCCUGAAUGGUGCUCUGAAGGACGGCUGCAUGUCUUUCUUGAGGGACGCUCGAGCUAUUGCAAUUAAUUGGAUGGGCACACUUCGCAACAAGGCUUAUUCAACACCAGACCACACUUUGCAGAACGAGUUCCUGUCAAAGAGUGUCGAGGUAGCCUUGAUUUGCGCCUCUACGUUUGAUCUCGACGAUGUCUAUCUGCGAGAGGUACUGAAAUCACCCAAAGAAGCAUCGCUUCUGGUCCAGGCCUCUAUCAUGGUACAAGAGGCCGAGCAGACUCUGGCGAACAAGGAACCGCACAUCCUUCUGCUGAACCUCCGCUUCAAGCGCAUCCUGCACCGCAGCUAUCAGCAUCUCGUACAAAACCAGGCUGGAUUGAACAUCGCGAUCAAGAAUGCUUGGUCAGGGUAUACUGCGAGCAGUGCAGGUUGGACUCGAGAACCCGCGCCGGCAGACCAUUGGGUGACCACCACGAACGCUGUCUCAACCAACAGCAAUAUCCUGCGAGUACACUACAAUACACUGACUGGAGAGCUACUUGUCAACGGAACACCAUUAGCGCAGCCUCCCGUGGAGUAUCGUAACACUGCUCUAUUCAAGACGCUUUUUGGGGCUUGCGUUGUCGAAGUCAUGCCAGCUUCCAACGCUGGCUUUCAAUUCUCCACCAAGAGUACGUUUGGCAAAGACUGUCGAGUUGAGCUGAGGCUGGCCAAAGAACAGUUGAUAGUGCGCGCCACGAAUGUUGAGGACAUUUGGGAAUCUUUGCCCAGCGCGCUCCUAGAGGGACACUAUCCGUCCCAUUUCAUCGACGAUUACGUUCUUUGGUACAGCGCUUCGAAGAAAGCUGUCGAGCUCCGCCCGCGGGACGAUCCCUGGAACGCUAAUUCUGCCUUGAAUCUCACCUUGAUGCAGACUGGACCAUCCGCUCGCUGGAAGUUGGUGAAAGACGAAGUUUGCCUACUUGGCGUCAACAAUGCGACUGCAAAACUUGUUGCGCAGAUCCUGCAUCCUCUGGCCGAUCCUUUGCAAAUCCAUUGCAUGCUCCACCAGCCUGGUUGCCAAACUCUUGAGAUUGAGCUACCUUCAGUACGACUAGGCUUCUCACUCUCCAGAGGAGCCGCGAAUCUCGAGUCUCGUGAAUACAGAUCCAUGGUGGUAGACCAGGACCAGCGUCUUGGAACAUUGAUUGGCUUCGCGAACAAGUUGAUUUUGAAAUCCCCGAGCAGCAACAGUCGUCUGGCCAUUAUACUCGAGUCGGACCUCGCAUACGUACGGCUGGGAGAUCAUGUAUCUGUUGAGGUGCAGCGCAAGAUGAAAUGCAAGGUGCAUGCCGUGGAAGUGGACACUACUCUUCACCGAUUGCAGGACAGCGGUUUCGAUUGCAAGCUGUAUCUCACGUAUCUUCACGCGCUUACGUCGUUCUGCUUACCAGAUCCUCUGACGCUUCAGACUGGUACAGAGCAAGCCCUUACUCUCCUGCGCUCGAAAGCCGUUGCGUCGUUUGACCAGCUCUCGCAGUCCAAUGUUGAUCGACUGGUCACGAUUGCAGCGCUAAGUCCCGGCCGUCGCUUUUACCCGGCUCAAAAGCGUGACAUGCAGCAAGUAGACUGGGACAGCGGUCUUGGCUUUCUCUCUCAGCAUGGGCGUUUUGCGGUCACCGUCGCGUCUAUACUACGACAGUCAGCAGUGACAGAGAUAUUUUACCCUGAGGCCAAUCUCCAGAUACCUGAUCUAGCGCAGAUCGAAGAAGAUCUGCGUAUCCGAGACGAUAUUCGAUCUUCAACAUUCAGGACAUCGGGAUUUGGUGCCGAAGACUUCAACACGCUUCGUGAUUGGAAGUAUACAUCGAGGGCACAUUCACAGUUGUCGGACCGAGCCCAGAAGGUCGCCAACAUCUCGACGCUUCUUCUGCGAGCUGGUGAUGAUCUGCACUAUCCAGUUCCUUCACAGUACCGGCUUUGGGAGCUGAUGCGGGAUGCAACUACCGUCAACGGUGCUUCGGCACUAAUAGACGCUUCUCGGCUACGAUAUGAUGCAAGUCUGUUGCGCGAUGGUUUUGAACAAGCCAUCUCUAAGUUUCCUGCUUUGCACCGCUGGUCAAAAGAUGCACAAAAUCUUCACUGGCGCAAGUAUACCCUCACAACGUGGCUUGCUACAUUGUCGUUUGCAGAGGACGCGGAACUGAGCAUUCUGCAGCUGAUUGCCCUCUGCUUCAAGUCAAAGCAUCUAGCGAAAGUCUCCGCGCCUGAAAUUGUUUCCUUCACGCCUAGCGAGGGUCCUCACAAUGGCCAAACUAUCGACAGACAAUCUAUCAGGAGCGUUGUCGUUCUGCGUCGUCGACCAUUGACAAGCUGUCCAGAGUACAGACUGCCUCGGAACACGAAUGAGAAACACAACAAUUACCAGCGCCGCCGCGACAAUGCCUGGAAUCGUUCGAGUGAAGCGGCGAUAACCCAAGUGGUUAAUUCACUCAUGAUACAGUGGCGAUGCCAGACACCAGUGCUUCCAAAUGUCUCGAACGCUGCCACUUAUAUUGACAUGGACAGAGCAAUGGAGGCCAUCAAAGCCAGAUUUGGGACUUGGUACGACAACAGCCUUCUCUUCGACUACUCUGAGGAUAUGCAGCGCGCCGUCGAGCGUCUCGAUUCCAAGAUCAUCAGCUUGCCAUCCGUAAAGAUGAAGCUUCCGGCCCCUCAGCCAAGCCUAAGUGGCUUCUUCGCCGAAGAGAACCUCUUCUCGGCACCACCUCCGUUGCUCCCUGAUAGUGGCAGCUUUGUUGGGAUUCCCGAUGAAAGCUCCCAGGCGACAGCGCAAAAGGCGAUGGUGCCGCUGUUGACUCCUUUCGUGGGCGCAUUACGGUCCAAUGUCAGCAGCUCAACGUACGAGAAAGACUACGUGCGAGAUCUUGAAGAAAGCCUCGACGCGCUCAUUCUUCGGCAUGAUGCUGAAGCGCUUGCACGUGUUGACAUUGCUCAGGCCACACUGGAGGCGCACCUUGCUCAGUGUUCGAUCCAUGUCGACGCUGUCUAUUCGAAGAUAGCCGAAUCGAUGUGUAGCACAGCUAGAGCUAAAGCAGCCCGACAGGUACAACAAUCGCCGCGCCUGUCGCCUUCUUUUCUGUUGAAGCAGCUUUCGAAAGACCACUGGCGAAAAUUGUCCAAGGACUGGCAGAACUGCAUAGUCAAGUACGCACUUGCAUUGACCGCUCUGCAGCGGGCUCAGCGGCUGGUAAAGCUUGGAGCUACUUCUGGAGAAGAUCUCAUCGGCGAGCUGCGCAACGUGGGACAUACAAAUUGGAAUCCACACGACUACCCUGAGUCUCUCCUCAUUGAAGUCGAGGGCGGCAUCAUGAUCCGCGAAGUACAAGAGCAGAUUGCUCGAGAGAUGCGGAGUCCUUCUUCGAACAGCAAUGCCGUAUGCCAAUUGAACAUGGGCCAAGGCAAGAGCAGCGUCAUUGUGCCUAUCGUGGCAGCAGCUCUUGCCGACUCAUCUCAGCUAGCUCGAGUUGUCGUUGCGAAGCCGCAGUCCAAGCAGAUGGCACAGAUGCUCAUAUCCAAGCUGGGAGGCCUUGUCAAUCGACGUGUCUACUUUAUGCCAUUUUCACGGUCGCUCAAGUUGGGUCGUUCAGCUGCGGAGGCUAUCACGGACAUGCUGCAUGAGUGCAUGAACACUGGAGGCAUUCUGCUUGUGCAGCCGGAGCAUAUCCUUUCCUUCAAGUUGAUGGCGCCGGAAUGCUACAUUAGCGGGAAGCACGACGUGGGCGAGCCUACUAUGUCCACGCAGGACUUCCUGGAUCGCUUUUCGCGCGAUAUUGUCGACGAGAGCGACGAGAACUUCAGCACGCGAUUUGAGCUAAUCUACACAAUGGGCACCCAGCGCUCAAUUGAGCUGAGCCCUGAUCGAUGGUUUCUUGUUCAACACGUACUCGACCUUGUGCGGGAAAUUGCUCCAAUCAUCGUAAAGGAACUUCCUGACUCUAUUGAAGUCUGCGAUGGAGUGAAUGGAAGCUUCUCGAGGGUGCGCUUGUUGCGGCCGGAUGCUGAAGCGCUUUUGGUAGCCCGCAUUGCUUCGCAGGUCUGCGAGCAGGGGCUGGCCAGUUUUCACCUGACUCGGCAGUCGUCCAACAUCCGCAAGGCUGUCUAUGCGUACAUCACUAAGCCUCAGCUCUCUGUGGAGGAAAUAAAGGCAGUUGAGGAUAGCACGAUUUGGACUGACACAACUCAACCUCAGCUUCUUAUGCUUCGCGGUCUCCUCGCAGGCGGCGUGCUUGCUUUCACUCUUGGUCAGAAGCGUUGGCGUGUCAAUUAUGGCCUUGCCACCCGAACACCGCCCACGAAGUUGGCUGUUCCCUACCGCGCGAAAGACAGUCCAUCUCCGCGCAGCGAGUUCUCCCACCCGGACGUUGUUAUCACCCUAACGUCAUUGUGCUACUACUAUGAGGGCCUGAGCGACGACGACCUCUUCACUGCACUCGGACAUCUCAUGGAGUCAGACCAAGCGGACAGUGAAUAUCAAGCUUGGGUCAAAGAUUCCUACAACCUAUCUUCAGCUUUCAAGCAGCUCCAGGGCAUCAAUCUGAAGGACAAGCCGCAAUGCACCGGUGACGUCUUCCCGUCACUACGAUAUGGGAAGACUGUCAUCGACUACUUCUUGUCUCACGUCGUCUUUCCGAAAGAGAUGAAGGAGUUCCCUCACAAGCUUUCAGCAUCUGGAUGGGACCUGGGAAAGGCUAGGGCGCGCUUGACAACGGGCUUCUCCGGAACCAACGAUUCACGGCGUUUGCUUCCCUUGGACAUCAACCAUCUUGACCUCAAAGACCAGAAGCAUACCAAUGCGCUCGUGCUUGAAUACCUGCUUCAGCCACAGAAUGGAGUUCAUCUCAUGUCAUCGGACAAGACAAGCAGUGCUGAAACAAACUCCAAUGCCCACAGCUUAUUGUCUUCGGUAAUGCGACUGGAUCCUCCGGUUCAGGUAAUCUUGGACGUUGGAGCUCAAAUUCUGGAACUCAACAACCUGCAGAUGGCUCGAGCUUGGCUAGAGCGUCAUACUGAGGAGAAGCAAGCCGUGGUCUUUAUCGAUGACAACGACGAAAUAUGCGUGGUAGAUCGACAAGGUACUGUUGAUCUCCUGCGAACAUCAUCAUACCAAUCGCGGCUCGAUGCUUGUCUUGUCUUUCUAGACGAAGCACACACUCGUGGGAUUGAUUUACGUCUUCCAAAGUGCUUCAGAGCUGCGUUGACGCUUGGCGCACAUUUGACAAAAGACAGACUGGUCCAAGCGGCGAUGCGCCUUCGAAAACUCGGUCAGGGACAGACUGUAGUAUUCUGCAUCCCUGAGGAGAUCCAGACCAAGAUUCUCGAGACCAGCUCCAAAGGCUCUACCGCUGGUGCCAAGAUUGAGGUCGCAGACGUCCUUGCAUGGUCCAUUAGUGAGACGCAUGCCGACACUCGCCGCAACAUGCCUCUUUGGGCUGUGCAGGGGGAGCGCUUCGUUCGGCAAGACAAGCUGUGGAAGGCAGCUCAAGAUCAGCACGGAAACACUCUGAUGACUGUUGAGCAUGCCACCAAGUUCUUGGAAGACGAGGCUCAAACCAUCGAGCACCGAUACCGCCCCCGGAGCUCCCACGAUCUACCGACCUAUCUCGCAGACACGACCGAUCUCGAUCUCCGACGUAUUGCUGAGCGUUGCCGUGAAUUUGACGAUCUUCAAUUCAAUUCCGGCACGCUCCAAGAGGAACAAGAGCGUGAAUUGGCGCCAGAAAUUGAGCAGGAGCGACAAGUUCAGCGGGCACCGCCAGCGCAGCCCGCUAAGCAUCUUUUGCAUCCGGACGUGGAGCGGUUUGCCAUGAGAGGCGAGCUUACUGCUGGCUCGAAUGCGUAUUACAUAGCGUUCACGUUAUUGAGGAGAACGAGUGCGGAAAAGACAUUCCCCUCGAGCUACCUCGGAACCCAGCAGCUGAUUGCAACUGCAGACUAUGCUCAGACCGUGGAGCGCAAGGGAAUUUCUUUCGUACAAGAUUCCUUUCUACGGCCCGUGCAGUGGAUCCUGACGCGCUGUGCCAACGGCAGCGACAUUGUGCAGGACAUCAUGAUUAUCAGUCCGUUUGAGGCGAACGAGCUGUACCAUCGCAUGGGACAAUCCAAAGCAACGACUCUACUCGUCUACAAACCGCGUGCGAAUUCAGGAUACGCGCCGCUCGAUGUCCAUCUCCACACGAUCUCAGCACGACCCAUCGUGCCCGUGAUACCCCUGUCGCUCUCGGUUCAGCUCGACAUCUUCUCUGGACAGCUCUACUUCAGCUCCUACAAACACUACUUCGAGACCUGCAGAUUUCUUGGCUUGUCGCCGAAAGCGCUUACUGCAGAGAUGGAGCAAGAGGGCUGGGAAGUUGCUGCUGAUGGGUUCAUCCUCCGCGACAAUGUGGGCCAAGUUGGUGGCGAGUCCAGGUUGAAGAAGAGUCCGGUGGGAUUUCUCAAGGCAUUGAUGUCGAUGCGUCGCAACGGCGAUGGAGUUUCAAAGACGCAGGUGGGUGGUCUGCUGGACGGCAAGUUGUUUCAGCCGUCAGAAUUUGAAGAAUGA